AUAGAAUAAAUCCUAAGUACUAUCUUUGAGAUGUUUUGAAGUUGUAUUAAGAAGUUUUAGAUUAUGCCAGGAUCCCAUUCCACUGAUGGAAAUGUCAGAUUCUUAGGUGUACUACUGUUUUAGCAGUUGCAGAAUGCCAUAUGUUCUACAAGAAUUACUUUGUUGUGAGAUUGCAUCAUAAACUUUGAUAAACUAUUUAAAGUUUAAUACAGACUGAAUUGGAAUAUAAGAAAUAUAAGUGGUGCUACAAUACAAUGGUUAUGGAUAACUCAUAAAAUGAAAGUAAAAUUACACUCUUUAACAGUUGGUGUAACAUUUCAGUAACACUUGAAUUUUGGCCAACUGAUAAUGUGUCUCAAAAACCUGCAGUCACUUAAUCUCUGCAACAUUCUGUUCAUCAAAGUAUUUGUUAAUAUAAUUGGCUCUGCUGUUAAGCAACAACAUGAAGUUUAGUACAGCUGUGGGCUGCUGUCCUUGCUCAUGGCCUUAUCUUUUUACACUGUCCUACAUAUCAGCAAAGAAGAAAAGCAAAAUGGAAGAACGAGAGAAACCUGUCUCUUUGUUAGUUAAUAAUUCAGAACAAGUUUUACUUUCCUCCUCUCAAGCAGAAUCUACAGCAAAUAAUCAGGCACCUGAAAAUGCUGAAACUCUCAAAUCUCCUAACAUGAGCACUGACAGUGGAUUUGAAGGUGAAAAUAAUAGGCCAUUGCUACUUCAAACAAACCUGCCAUCACCUGCAGAUGAUGCUAUUAUUAGUUCUUGGAGACAUGAUGUUUUUCAAUCUGGUGAGUUAGAAUUUGAUGUUACGGAACUUGGAAGCCCAAAAUCACCAAAAAAGUCUACAGAGGAUUCAGAUUUUAAUGAAUCUCCAUUUGAUAAGAAAUCUGUACCUAGUGUAGGUGAUGUACAAUCAGAGAGUGAUAAUGAUGAUUCAGAACAUCACUGUUUAUUUCAUAAUGCAACUCCUAUAUGGUGUAAUGGUGAAAUAUCUGGUUGGAAAGAGAAUUACGUUAGUGAUUGCCAAAGCACAUCUGUUAAUGGAAUACAUCUUAUUAAGGAAUUACCUGAUGAUGAUGAUGAUGACGACGAUGAUGAAGAAACUUGUGCAUUUCAAUCUAAAGACUGUUAUAUGCCAUCCAGUUGCUGCACUUCCUAUAAAGGUUGUGGUACAAACUGUAAGAGAAAUAUUUCUUCUGAAAAUGAACAAUGGAAUGGUUUAAUGUUACCAAAAGACUUAAAAGAUUGUGUACUGUGUUCUGAAGGAAGUAACAAUGUACUCAUUAGUUCAGAUAAUGAUGAACAAAUUGAAAAAUUAGAUACUGAAACAGAUGAUGGUUCAGAUGAGAGAAAUUUUGAUGGAACUUAUAGUGAUGAUACUUUGAGUGCAUAUUAUGUUCCUUCUGCAAUAUCUGCAACAACUGAAGAAUAUCAACUACAGCCACCUGUACCACCCCCAAGAGGAAUUCGACCUCUUAGAUUAAAAAGAGAAGGAACUCAGAGUGAAGCUGAUGCAGAUAUAUCUCCUGCCUCUAGAUCUUGUUAUAAAUCAUUACGAUCACAGAGUGAGCCUUCACAGUAUACUACAGUUUUAAAACCAAAAGCAGUGAGGCCUCCUCCACCAAUAAAUGUUGAUAGAGUAGACUGUCAUAGUAGUCUUGAAUCAUUGCAUAGUGGACGUAUUGUAGAUGUUUUAGGACAGAGACAAGAGAGACUGUCAGCUUUUAGAGAACGGCCGCGUAGUAGUCUUUCCCAAAGUGAAAAUGUUCAUGUAUUCUUUAGUAGGUCUUUAGAUACACCACCUUUAGUUCCAUCCUCUAGAAAUUCUUCUGAUAGGAACUUAGCUACAAUAACUUCAGUUUUGGUAAGUCCAUCAAAAAGACCUGAUAGAUCAUUGGAAUCACCUCUUCCUAUUUUAAAUUGGAAUGAUAUUAAUAAUAUAGUCCAUCCAAUAGAUGGCUCUGCAAAUCAUGAGGAUACUGAUCAAAUGUCUGAUAAAAAUACAGUAUCACCUAGUAUUGAAACAGUUCCUGAUAGUUCAUCUCAGGUAGAUGAAAACAGUAAUGUGACCACUACCACAUCUCCAUCCCAGUUGAAACGCCAUAGUAUGCCUUGGGAUCUGUUUUGGAAUAGUGAAGCAGCUCGAAGACCAAUGUCUGAUUAUGAUCCCAAUAGAGAACCUAUUCAUAUGACAUUAGAAGAGGUUAGAAGUUCUUUACAAACAUUAACAAGGAAUGAUCAAGAAAGUAAUGAACUAUCAAAGUCUGUAGCACAAGAUAAUAAACCCUCCAAUAAACGUUUAUUAGGUUCUUAUCUAUGGCAGAAAAAAGGCAAAAAAAGUGAUAAGAUGAUUAAUCAUAGUAAAAGAUCAGAAAAUCAAAGAAAAAGUUUUCCUUUUUCUAUAAAAACUGCUUUUACAAAUUUAUUUGGGUUGAAAAAAGCUGGUGUAACUGAAAACAGAUAUUCACCUAGUCAUUCUAAAUCUCAUGAUGAACUUUCUUUUCAAACAUCCAAAUCAAAAUCAAGCCCCAAUACAAGCCCAUUUACUCAUAGAGCACUUCCACCUUUGCCAUCAGAUAAUUCUGCUUGGGAACCUACUUUGACUGUUGAAGAAGAAUGGAAUGACUGUGGAGGAAAUCAAACUUAUGAUGAAAAUGGAACUGAUGUAUGUGCACAGAGAAAAUUGGAUUAUGCCGCAAGUAUUGAAAAAGUUAAAGAUUGUGGAUGGUAUUGGGGACCGAUAAGUGGUGAAAUGGCAGAAAAAUUACUUGCAAAUGAGCCAGAUGGUUCAUUUGUUGUAAGAGAUAGUUCUGAUGAACAUUAUAUUUUUAGCUUGACAUUUAAAUUAAAUGGUUUAGUACGUCAUGUAAGAAUAGAACAUGAUCAUGGUAACUUCAGUUUUGGUUGUCAGCAGAAAUUUCGAAGUAAUACUAUUGUGGAUUUUAUUGAAAAUGCUGUAGCACAUUCUCGAAGUGGACGUUAUUUAUUUUUUCUUCAUCGAAGACCAGUUCUUGGCCCAAUGCAAGUACAACUACUUCAUCCUGUUUCAAGGUUUAAACAAGUCCAAUCUCUACAGCAUCUUUGCAGAUUUAUCAUUCUAAAAUCGGUAAGAAGAGAUUUAAUAAGUACGUUACCAUUACCUCGAAGAAUGAAAGACUACCUCAAUACACCACAUUAUUAUUCUGAGGAAUUAGCAAAUUUAUCUCAGCAGGGAAAGAAAUAUGACACUGGAACAAAUGAAAAUUCUAGUCAAAGAAUAGAUGCAAACAAUACAUAUAGCCAGCAUGUACAGGAAAAUAAUCCUAAUUCAACAUUCUCAAACCAGUCUGUCAGUCAAGUAUGAUGAUUGCAGCUCUUAGGUAAACAACUUGUCAUGUGACUAAAGUUUACUUAAAUACCUUAUUGAUAAAUAAGGAUUAAUUUUUUGAAACUAAAUUAUUAAUAAAAACAUAGGCACAUUUUUAUGUAAUUGUGUGAGAGUGAAUUUAAUUUUUAUAUUUUACAAUGAAAAAAUCUCAUAUGUAUUAGUAUUAUUGAAAAU